CAGCAGUCAUGUAAGUCACGGAGAGGAGAAGCUGCUUCAGAAGCUGCUGGUCUGCAUCUCCAGCCUGGAGAUUAAACAAACUGCCGUCUGAUGAUCCCGAUGAGCACCACGACACGCAGCAUCUCACCUGAAGGACCUGUAUCUGAAUCUGAUUCCACAUCGGACUGUUUUCCCUGAAUACCUGCCCGGCUGGACUAACUUCAUCUGAACUUGUCGUGCUUCCGUUCGCGCGUCCGCAGCGGGGGUCGCUGAGAUCUGCGCUACGGAUAUCAUGUGAGAGCAGAGAACAUGGUUCUGCUGGUUCUGCUGCUGAGGAACACGGACGAAACGCUGAUGAGUCCGGGCUGUAGUGCGCUGCUGUGAUGCUGAUAUGCUCCGGCUAGUUUGGCUGCUGUACGUUCGCGCUGAGGCGAGAGGAGCAGGGCGGCUGAGGGUCUGCGGGGUCGGACUGCACGGCGACUGGGGCUGACUGACCGUCCUGAGAGGAGGAGCAGGAGGAGGAGGAGGGGAGUUUGGGGGUCGAGGAGAUCAAUACUAGGAGACAAUGUUUGCGUCUGGAUUCUCUCUCUCAGCGUCAGCACACCUUCUCAGAGCCUUCAGUGCGUGACUGAUGGACUUCACGCUGGACUCCUGCGCAUCUUCACAAUCACUCGCGGGAUAUAAACAUGGAUUAGAUCAUUUAACCCUUUUUAAACUGCUGUUUUUGAACGUUUUGCUGGCACGUUUUCCAGGAGCUCAUGUAAGUUCCCACAUAGACGAUCAGAACCUUAUUAUCCAUCUCUGAGACUCUGAGUUCACCUAGAUUAAUUUAUAGCAAGUGUUUUUUAGGCUUGCUUGCAGUAGAUACAUAUUUAAGAUUAUAUUAGAAUAAUGCACAAUCUAGCUGCUUUAGGCUGCUGAACUGAAGAAACCAAAGACAAAAUGUACAGAUGUACUUAAAAAUGUACAUUUAGGAAAAGCAGCACAUCAAAAAGACAUAAUAUGUCUCCAAAAGACACUUUUGAAGUAGGGGCCGGAUUUGUCUGGAGAUCAUCAUCGGGAGAUAUUAGUUCUAGAGCUUUAAGAAAGAGGUGAAUAUAUUUAUUCAUUAUCAUUAAUAUAAUUAAUAUUAUUAGAUUUUUUUGGACAAUGGCUCACAGAGAUGGUGCCUGGAAGUACGUGGCAUGCUCCAUGUUUUUACUGACAUUAUUAGCAGUGGGAACUGCUUUCUCCGGGCUUUUCAAUGCCUCAGAUAAGGAUAUUUUUGGUGAGUUUGAGCAGUUCAGACUCACGGAGAGCCGAGCACCGGAGCUCCGGAAGCUCCAAGCCACUAAUUUUCACCCUAACUUGUACUUCAACCAAGCGGAUGUACAGCUCAUGAGACAGAGGUCCUCUACAACCCACAGCCACAUCUUCAAAGUUAUCCGUGCGGCCGUGCUCACCAUGCUGUCCAGCGUUCCUCUCUACAUGCCGCCCGCGAAGCAUGACGAGUUCACCAGCAAAUGGAACGAGAUCUACGGUAACAACCUCCCGCCUCUGGCUCUCUACUGUUUACUGUGUCCCGAGGACUCGGCCGCUUUACAGUUCCUGAUUAAAUUUAUGGACCGCAUGGCGGAAUAUCCGGACUGGAAAGUCACCAGCGCGCCGAACGACGAAGUGCCUAUGGCUCAUUCGCUCACUGGGUUUGCUACCGCUUUUGACUUUAUCUACUCCUCCCUGGACCAGCAGCGGCGGGAUGUUUACCUUAAGAGGAUCCGGCGAGAAACUGAGGAGCUGUAUGAGACGUCUAAGUACCGGGGAUGGGGGAAGCAGUUCCUCCAAAACCACCAGACCACCAACAUUUUAGCAAUUCUGACUGGUGCGAUUGUGGUGGGUGUGCAUGACGACCCCGAGACCAUGAUAUGGAAACAAGUAUGUGUGAACUAUAUGGAGAAAACCAUGUUUCUCCUGAACCACGUGGUGGAUGGGUCUUUAGAUGAAGGGGUGGCGUACGGGAGCUACACUGCGAAGUCAAUCACGCAGUACGUGUUCCUGGCCCAGCGCCACUUCAACAUCGACAACACCCAGAACAACUGGCUUCGCACUCAUUUCUGGUUUUAUUACGCCACUUUGCUGCCAGGUUUUCAGAGGACGGUGGGUAUAGGGGACUCUAAUUACAACUGGUUUUAUGGGCCUGAAAGCCAGUUAGUUUUCUUAGAUGCUUUUGUGAUGAGAAAUGGCACCGGUAACUGGCUAGCGCAGCAGAUUAGGAAGCACAGACCUAAAGAUGGCCCGAUGGGUCAGUCCUCAGCACAGAGAUGGACUACCCUCCACACAGAGUUCAUCUGGUACGAUGCCCGGCUGACCCCCCAGCCUCCACACGGCUAUGGCAGAGCUAAAAUGCACAUUUUCUCAAACUGGGGUGUAGUGACUUAUGGAGCCGGGUUGCCCAUAGCCCAAGGUAACACAUUCGUCUCAUUUAAGUCAGGUAAGCUGGGGGGACGGGCAGUGUUUGACAUUGUCCAUGCUAAGCCUUACUCGUGGGUGGACGGCUGGAACAGUUUCAACCCUGGCCACGAGCACCCAGACCAAAACUCGUUCACUUUUGCCCCUAAUGGACAAGUGUUUGUGUCUGAGGCGCUGUAUGGGCCAAAGUACAGCUACUUGAACAAUGUGCUUGUGUUCAGUCCCUCCCCAACGAGUCAGUGCAAUGCCCCCUGGGAGGGGCAGCUCGGGGAGUGCGCCAAGUGGCUGCGCUAUACCGAUGAGGGGGUGGGAGACUCUGCAGGAGAGGUGAUAGCAGCUUCCUCACACAGAGACACGAUGUUUGUUAGCGGUGAGGCUGCUGCGGCCUAUUCCCCAGCCAUGAGGCUGAAAAGCGUGUACAGGGCCCUGGUGCUCCUCAACUCACAGACUCUCCUGGUGGUCGACCACGUGGAGAAGUGGGACGACUCGCCGGUGAACACCCUCAGCGCGUUUUUCCACAACUUGGACAUCGAUUUUAAGUAUGUAGUUCACAGGUAUAUGGACAGGUACAAUGGGGCUUUGAUGGAUGUUUGGGAUGCUCAUUACAAAAUGUUCUGGUUUGAUAGCCAGGGCUACAGCCCGAACACAAGAAUACAGGAGGCGGAGCAGGCAGCGGAGUUUAAAAAAAGAUGGACGCAGUUUGUCAAUGUCACUUUCCCUGUGAGGGGCACGGUAGGCCGAAUGGCCUAUGUGAUGCACGGGCCUUACGUUCAAGUCUCCAACUGCCGGUUCAUUGAUAGCAGCAAAAACGGCCUCAGGAUCUCACUUGUGGUUAACAACACUGAAAAAAUAGUCUCCAUAGUGACCAAUUACAAAGACAUAGGGGCACGUUCGAGCUACCUGGGCUUUGGGGGUUAUGCCAAAGUGGAAGACAGGUAUCAGAUUAUCCGCUUUGGCUUGGGAACACAGCUCGUGCCCAAGCAAACAUCAGUAGACAAUCAGCUGUUUGACUUUGGAUUCACAGUGAAUGUGAUAGCAGGGGUGAUACUGUGUGUGGCGAUCGGCUUUCUGACCCUGCAGCGCAAGUUUUAUGUCUGCUUCACCAGACUGAUGCGCUACGCCCUGUUCUCCGUGCUAAUGCUGUGGAUCAUUGAGCUCCUGUUUGUCUCCAACAGCUGCGAUCAGCUACUCUGUGGGGUUAAGUGGAAAAGUGCGGCUACUGACCCCGAACUCAGCAAACAGCUGAGACUGUACGACCAGCAUCGCUUCCCUUUGCCCACUGUGGUCAUCACAACCCUGCCGGGCUCCGGCUCGGACAUCCUUAAGCACCUUUUUUACAACAACUCAGACUUUGUCUACCUGCGGGUCCCCACGGAGCACCUGGAUAUACCAGAGACGGAGUUCGAGUUCGACUCCUUGGUGGACGCUUGCGAUUGGACGAGGUCGGAUGCUCAAAAUGGGCGGUUCAAGAUAAUCCAGGGCUGGCUGCAUUCUCUGGUGCACAACACCCACCUGCACCUGCAGAACAUCCCGCUGUACGAGACCAGCAGAGUCAAGCAGGUUCAGAGAGCUGGCCCUCUUCACGACAAGAGGAAGAGGAUGAGGAGGAGGGAGCCGUUGGCUGAGAUGAGAGGAAGGGUGAGAGCCAGCUCAGACAGGGACGCCGAGUACGUGCGGGAGAUGAGGAGGCACACGGGCGAAUAUCCGAACGCUCGGCUGGUCCUGAACUUGCGCAGCGGAAGCUGGGCUCUCAAGCUUCCUUUCAUCCAAGAGGUGGUCGGCCCCUCGUUCCGUGCCAUCUACGUGGUCAGGGACCCUCGCGCGUGGAUCUAUCUGAUGCUGUACAACAGCAAGCCUAGCCUUUACUCCCUGAAGAACAUCCCGCAGCACUUAGCCCUCAUGUUCAAGGAGGACAUCACCCGGGAGAGGUGCCCGGCUUUUGCGUCCGAGUUCAGGAUGCUGUGGAGGCUCCUGUCCCGGUCCGAGGCCAAUCCCGUGCUCUUACUGGCCCACCUGUGGCUAGCUCACACUGCUGCGGUGUUCCGCGUCACUGCAACCUUGCCUGAGGAAGCCUACCUGCAUGUGAGGUUUGAGGACGUGGUGAACUACCCUGAGGACACGGCUGAGAGGAUACACUCCUUUCUGGGGGUCCCGGUGACGCCCUCGGCCCUGAACCAGCUCAUGUUCACCACCUCAACGAACUUGUACAAUCUGAUGUAUGAGGGGGACAUAUCACCAGCCAGCAUCAACAUGUGGAGAAAGAACAUGCCUAGGAAGGACAUCAGACUCAUUGAGGACACCUGUGGGUUCAUGAUGAAGAGACUUGGGUACUCCAGGUUUGGCAGUUGAAAGGGAAUUUCAGAAACUCUGCAUAAUUAAAUGGUUUACAUGUAAACAGAGUCAUUCA